GUAAUAAAUCAGAUUGAAUAAGGUGUUACCCUUGAGGGGGUUUAAGAGAUGUUUGAACCUGACAUAGUGUUGAGCUAUGUCGAGGAUGGAUUCUGUAUCUUACCAAUACGAAGGGGAUUGAAUCCAGUCCAAUGUUAUGAUCCUACCUAUUAUAACACUAUAUAUACACACACUUCGUGCUUGUGGAAAAAUAAACCAUAAAUAAGCUAUGCAUAAUAAAUUCACCUAUGUUAAGAUAUAAAAUUGAUAUCUCAGAUUAAUUCUACAUCACUGGAAGUGCACAUGAUAAGAUCAUUGGGCAUAACAACAAUGGCAAUGGCAGGGAUACAUAAUUAUUAUAUAUUUGUCAUUCAUCAGAAUAAGGCACAAGACAUAACACUAACAACAUGAAAAAUAGAACAAUGCAUUCAAAUCAUAAUCUUCAUUGGUUCUGAAAACACUAUGCAAUGAUAUUGUCCCUCUGAAUUGAGGUGUCUAGCAACCUUCAACAGACAUGACUUAGGCUUCGAAUAUGGGGCCCAGUGGAGGAAACAUUGGAGAAAAACUCUUCAGCUUCUAAAGUACAUAGUUUUACACAGUAUUUGGGUUGGGAAUUUUGUUUCUUCUUGGUCCAAGGCUAAACUCCCAUACACAAGCAUGAACACCUCUAAGAUCUACUGCAGAAAUACACAUCAAUUGAAUUGGUAGGAUGUAAUCCCAUCUAGACAAGAUCGGAUUAGAAAUGAAUGUGUCAUUAAAAGAAAAGUUGGGCAAGCACCUAUUGUAAGAAAUAUGGUAGAAUCUCGCCAUAGGACAUGCUUGAAGAGGACACGUAGAAGGUUCAAUAUGAAAAGUAUAUCAGAUGGAGGGUAGCCCAGUAGCUCAAGGUGGAGAGAGACUUAGAAAAACAGGAUUCAUGACUGACAUUAGGGUGUAAAUUAGUCCAUGUGGCCGAUUCCAAUUAGUGAGAAAAUGCUUGUUUGUUUUUCUGUUUUGGUAGGAUCUAAUCCCACCAAUGUUCUGUUUUCUUGGGGUCCUUUUAUAACAGCAUAUAUAUUUGUUCACUGUGACAUGUUUUUAUUUGUUUUCUACUUCUUUCUGUUUUUCCUCUUGCUGUAUAAAUUUGUGGUGAUUUAAUUUUUAACAUUUUCCUGGUAACCUUCCUAUUUGUCAUUUGCAGUAAAAAAAUGCCAGAAAUUCAGUUGGGUAUGCAUACAAUCAGAUCACAUGGAGUCAGAGUGGCAAGGAUACAUAUGCAUGACUGGUUGAUUCUUUUGCUUCUUGUGAUCAUUGAUGCUGUCUUGAACAUAAUAGAUCCGUUUCACCGUUUUGUUGGAGAGGGAAUGAUGACAGACCUUAGAUACCCAUUGAAAGAUAAUACUAUUCCCUUUUGGGCUGUUCCAAUAAUAGCAAUACUGUUACCGCUGGCUGUCAUUCUUGUUUACUAUUUCAUUCGAAAGGAUGUUUAUGACUUCCACCAUGCUAUAUUGGGCCUUCUAUUUUCUGUACUCAUUACUGCGGUGAUAACUGACGCUAUUAAAGAUGGUGUUGGACGGCCAAGACCAGAUUUCUUCUGGCGUUGUUUCCCUGAUGGGAAAGGGGUGUUUGAUUCCGUAACAAGUAAUGUUAAGUGUACUGGAGAUAAGGGUGUUAUUAAGGAAGGACACAAAAGUUUCCCCAGUGGACAUACUUCUUGGUCCUUUGCUGGUCUUGUUUAUCUUGCUUGGUAUCUAUCAGGAAAAAUUAGGGUAUUUGACCGUAGGGGCCAUGUUGCAAAGCUCUGUCUCGUUUUCUCACCAAUCCUCAUGGCAGCUAUGGUUGCUGUCUCCCGUGUUGAUGAUUAUUGGCAUCAUUGGCAAGAUGUGUUUGCUGGAGGACUUAUAGGGACGAUAGUUGCUUCCUUUUGUUACCUACAAUUCUUUCCACCUCCAUAUGACAUAGAUGGUUGGGGACCUCAUGCAUAUUUCCAAAUGUUGGCUGAAUCUCGUAAUGGUGCUCAGCCCGCUUCCGUCAAUAAUGACAGUCAUCAUGUGCAAUCUGCUGAGCUUCAGACUGUAUCUAUGUAUAUCCCACCUCAACAUGAUGGAGAUGGACGAGGCAAUAGCUGGGAUUCAAGCCCUAUGUUAGGUGCAUCACAGAAUGUAAGGACACACUGACUGCCCUAAAGACAUAGGAAAUAUCACAUGUCCAUAGUCUGUAAAAAUUAUAGGGGUUUGUGAGUUUCAG